UAGGCGCACGCCCAAUACAAACACACACACAAUGUUGGAUGAUGAUAAUAAUGAUUUGCUGGCUGCGGCUUCAGAGAUACAACGCAAUCGGUUAUAUUUUGUCACAUUCAAGAAAAACAUCAAACCAAAGAGCACCCCCAACACACACUACUUCAGCAUAGAUGAAGAAUAUAUUUACGAAAAUUUCUACAAUGAUUUUGGGCCAUUAAAUAUUUGCAUGCUGUAUCGGUACUGCCAAAAAUUAAAUUCCAAAUUGACUGCUAAAUGUCACGCCAACAAAAAAAUCAUACAUUACACAACGCUCAAUGCGGCAAAGCGUCUAAAUGCCGCUUACCUGAUUGGCUCGUACUCGAUUAUCUACCUAAACAAGUUGCCGAUGGACGCCUAUCGGCCGCUAGUCGCCGGCGACAUACCCGCCUACACGCGUUUCUGUGACGCCUCUUUUGGACCAAGUGGCUAUAAAAUUUCGCUAAUUGAUUGUUUGAAUGCUGUGUACAAGGCAUUGAAAGCUGGAUUUUACAGCUUCGACGAUUUCGAUGCCGAGGAAUAUGAGUAUUUCGAGCGUGUGGAAAAUGGUGACUUCAAUUGGAUUGUGCCACAGAAGUUCAUUGCGUUCUGUGGUCCACACCAGAAGUCAAAAACACUGCCGAAUGGUUACCCAUGCCACUCGCCCGAACGAUACUUUGAAUACUUUCACGAAAACAAUGUAACUACUGUGAUACGUUUGAAUGCGAAGGUGUACCAUGCGUCGAGUUUUGAAAAUGCUGGUUUCGAUCACAAGGAUCUGUUCUUCAUCGAUGGUAGUACGCCGAGUGAUUUAAUAUUGAAGAAAUUCCUCUCGAUAUGCGAGAAUACAAAGGGUGCUAUAGCAGUGCAUUGCAAAGCUGGUCUUGGUCGCACUGGCAGCCUUAUCGGCGCCUACAUCAUGAAGCAUUAUAACUUUACAGCGCUGGAAGCUAUCGCCUGGUUACGACUAUGUCGUCCAGGCUCAGUGAUUGGACAUCAGCAACAAUGGAUGGAAGAUAAACAAACCUGGCUGUGGGCGGAAGGUGAGCGCAUUCGCAAACGAUCUGGUUUGCAAUGUCCCAUCCACAAGUAUGGUAUUUACAGCAUUGCGCUCAAACAAGUCAUCUCAACCGGUGGUACACCGCUGACACAACCUAAAGAGAAUUGCGUAAAAGGUAUCUCACAGAAGGUAGAUACAAUGCAUCUGCACGAUAGCGAAGAGAUAUCUACGAAUGGCAAUGCAAAAACUGGUGUAACAACGCGCGCUCGCUCACCCAUCACCGCUAUUAACACGCCAGCGACGACGGCCUCGACGAAUAAUCGCCGCUCUAAGGAAAAGGCCGAUAAUAGUCGCAAUGCGAAUGUGAGCAGCGCCAGCGAUGAAGAUGCUACAAUUACCGAGGAGAAUGGUGAUGAUGAAGAUAACACAGAUAAUUCGAAUGCGACUUAUAUAGCAUCGACAAGGCGACGUAAAUCACCAACGAUACAUCUGGGCACUACACUUGCGUCAACCGCUGCAAAUACGCUGUCGGAAGGCGGUAAGCCGCCUACACCACCGGUGCGACGCACUCCACCCAUUGCUGUUAGCGAGGCCAUCACACGUCUAUCGCCAAUUGGCAGUACUGAGCCACUUUACGCAGAGAAAAAGAUUAAGAAACCCUGUAUUGGUUUGGAGGCAGCGCAGCGGCCGACGAUUGCUUCGACGGUAAAAAUGACACAAGCAGCAAUCGAUAAGCAGAACUCACAGACACAAGGUGAUAAGUUGAAUCAGAUUAAAGCGUUGCGUCGCCAACAUCAGCAACAAACGCACCAGCCCACAGCAGUGCUGCAGCAGACGUCGGCGUUGCACCAGCAACAAUUGUCAAUGCAGCAUAAUUCCCGCGGCAACAACACAAAUGCGAAUUCAUACCCAUUGGAUUUCGAGCGUCACAUGCGCGCCCGUUCACAACCUUUCCGCAACAAUAUCGCCAACAUAAUGUCGAGCGCACAGGCUUCUACUGGCAUAACAGCACCGCCUACAUCCACUAUGCGCCAUGGUGAUUGCCAUGAUAUGGCCGCAGCAACAGCAGCAGCAGCGUCGGCGGCAGCCACGGCGGCGGCGGCAGCACAUGAAGCUAUGCUUGCAGCAACAGCGGCGCUCAACAACAAAAAUCUAUACAAUUGUAAUAAUCGUUUUGUUUUUAAUACACGUUACCACAACAACAACCACAACAACAUUAACAAUAACCAUAACACACGCACUAAUAAUAACCUCAUUAACCUUCUAACAAUAGCCACACAUACGACAACAACAGCAACAACGGCAGCAGGAACUAGUGUGCCAGUCACACGUGGAGAGGGCGGCACUGUUGUAUCGACCACGGCGGCGGCUACAACAGCGACAACGUUGCCGCCCGGAGGCGGUGGCAGUGUGACGACGCGUGCACGGAGUCUAGCCAUCUAUAGCAAGAGAAUGGGGUUUAUGCACUUACGCAAAGCGGAUACACAACAACAACAGCAACAACAGUUUUCCAAUAGCAAUAACAACAACAGCGCUGGUGGAAUUGUAGCAACGGCCACAACGAGCAGCGGCUGCACCUUGCCGCAUCAUCAUCAUCACAAUGUAACCGCGCCCACGCUGAGUAGCCUCAAUAAACAAACCAAAACACACAACAACACCUUGAUCAGUUCGACAUCAAAUGUCGUGACUGCGGGCAUAAAUGAAAGUAAAAUUCCUGUGGUGCGCUCCAGUGCAGUGCUAAUUGAUGCGGGCGUCAGCAAUGCAGCGGCGUCAAGCAGCGGGGGUGGUAUUGGGUCAUCAGCUACCAUACCACCCUCACGAAGUGCAACUUCACGCGCUCCGCAUCAUCAUAUGACGUUACGCGGACGCUCGCGAAUACGCUAUCAUCGCGCAGGUGCGGCGGCUGCUACUGCAACGAUGGUAGAGCCACCAUGCACGACUGUGACAGCGCGUUACUAUCGUGAUGUAUCAGCAAUACCGUCGGCUGCUGCCUCACCUUUGGAUGCUGGUGGUGGCGGUGGCGGCGGCGCGGGUAGUACACGUUCAGUUUCGGCAACGCUUGAUUUAAACUCAAAUCCAUUACAAGAUGUGGCUGGCAGUUCGGCUGCCUUCUUGCAUAGUAAAGUCUCACAGUCGACCUCUCUGCCUAAAUCUCACAUGUUUUACCAACGUCAUCACCAUCAUCAGCAUCAUGGCAGCAGUUCUAAUAAGAAUAAUAGCAACAGCAACAACAACAACAAUAAUAAUAAUAAUAACAAUAACAACAACAAUAAUAGUAUGAAUGUUCAAUUAAAUGAAAAUUUACGUUCCACACCGCCUUUAGAUACAAACCGGCUGAGUAACAACAAUAAUUGCGGUCGCAACAGCUUCGAUGCGGUAAUCGCUGCAACAACCACAGGAGCGCGCUUCUCACCUACUGGCAUCCCAACGGGCAUCACUAAACGCAACAAACGUUCGCUAAGCAGCACAAGGCUAGAAAAGGACAAAUGCGAUGAAUACAAUACGAAGCUGUUGCGCAAGGCAGCUGGCAAUAACAAUACAGCGCAGAGCAACAGUAACGCGUGUGCAAGUGAGGGCGCUCCUGGCAAUGCAAACACCAACAACAACAACGCUAAUAGCAACAACCAUAACCAGCUCUCCUGCAGCACGGGAAGAGGCGACGUGAGUUGCGAGUCCAGUGGCAGUAGUAUCAGACCCUCUGGCGCUGCUGUGAGCGGCGGUGGCUAUCGAACACGACACCACGUGCCAAGCGCUGCUGCGACCGCCAACAGCACAUUGCUUGAGUCAUCUACAGCCUCGUCCGCGUCGUCAGCCUCCACUUCGGGUAUACCAACGCCGACAGCGGCCACCACAGCGCAUGGUUUGUAUUUGCAGCGUGGCAGUGGCGCGCGCUAUGCUGCGGCGGCGGCAUUAGCGGUCGAACGCGAGCGUGAGACAACGCUAAAGCUGCGCAAAAAAAUCAGUUACUGAGUACGGCGCAAGUGAUUUUAUUUUUUAUGUUUAUUUAAGUGUAGAAUUAUACAAAAAUAUACGUACAUAGAAUUGCACGUGUAAAUAAAUAUAAACAUAAAUAUUUUUACAAAACUUAAUUUACGCUAGAAAUAUGAAUUUAGCGCGUUGCUGUAUGCGACAUGAAUGCAUAGAGCAAUGGCCCACUAAAAUAAAGGAAGCUAUAUGAGUAUAUAUUACCGAUCUUAUGUUAAAUAAUUAUUUGCAGACAUAUGCAUAUACAAAGUGAUGCGAAAUUAUUCAUCAAAUUUUAUUUUUCAAUAACUUGUUUACAAUUUAAAAAUAAUUAUUUCGAAUGAUGGAAAUCUUUAUUUUGAACUUUAUGCGUACCAUUAAUUGUCUGUUUGUAGACUGCAGCUGUUAAAUUCACAAGUGUCAAAAUGAUUGACAUAGGUACAACCCAAAAUUUGCAAAAUUAGCAAAAAUUAUAAACCUUCCGAAAGGCUGAUGAAUUUUGCGCCACCUUGUGUAUGUGUAUAAAUACAUAAUAUUUUAGGCUUCAUGUGUAUGCAAAGCAUAUAAAAAAACAUUUUAUCCAAAGUACUGUAAAUUUCAAAAUAUUCAUUCUUCAAAUUUGAAUCUAUAUAUUACUUUUUUAAAUUAUUUAGCGUGAGAUCACUGUAACUCACAGCUGCUUAUGUGAGUUAACGGUUGAUGCCAACAGUUACGUGUAGCUGGUCUACACGUACAACACUUUCAUUCUCACACACUCACUCUAUCUCUCCCACUGCAUGUGUGUGCCUAAUGAGUCAACUGGCGCGCACCUUUUUGUUGGUAGAUGUUAUUUUUUCUUUUGAGUAUCAUCAAGAGAAAUUAAUGCACUUGAAGAGUAAUGAGAAUAUUUUCAGUGCAAUUGAAAAUUUGCAAUAUUUAUCUAUAUACGAGUAUUAAAUUUUAAUAAGAUUUCACUUAAUUAAGCAAAAAUUCAUUAUACUAAGCAAUAUGUAUUGAGCAUGUACAGAAAGUUCAUUAUUUACACAAGCAUGAACUCAUAAGAAAGAUCGCUAUUGAGUUGUUUUAGUAUGUUUGAGUAAACCAGCAGUUGACAGGAAUAUGAUUCGCGAGCAAAAUCGAAUUUAAAUAAACGAAAUACUAUAAAAACAUCGCCAACAAGGGGAAAGGAUUUUCAAUCGGAAACAAACUCAAAUUAAGAAAAUGGAAAAUCAAAUGAAAUGCGUGCUAUCUAGUUUUAUAUUUUUGAGUAAACGAACAGUUCGCUGUCGAGCUUUCUGACUAGCGUGCACUUUUAUCUAGACCGUAUCAUUGAUUUGAAAUAUUUAUCUCGUUUCUAUUUAUCCAGAUGUUUUACAUAUCAAUAUAAAUGCAAAUAGAUCUUGUGACAAAUAAACAAAAUAAUGUAAUUUUAUUUAUUUAUACGAAUUACUUAUCUACAUCUAUUACUAAUAUGAAUUGUUUUAACACAACUACAUAUGUAUGUAUGUACAUAUACAUUUAUUUUAAUAUAUGUAAGUGCUGUUAUUAUUUUCAGUUUACUAUUAAAUUAUUUCAAAUGCUGAAUUACUUAAUUAACCAAUUACACUUUUUGACAUGGCAAGUUGAAUUACCUAAACAGAUAAUAAAUAGAUUCAUUAAAACCGAAAUUUUCAAAAAAGAAACUUUUUGAUUAAUCAUAAUUCUGAAUAAAAUACAAUAAUUAAUCAGUAGAUUCUUGAUAUUUUUUUUAUUAUUUCAGGCAUUUUCAGCACUUAACCCAUUCUCGAACGGCCAGCACAGAAAUUAUCUUUGAUCUUUUUUAUUUUUAUAUUCGGUGUUCAAAGCAUCUAAUUUUCCAGAAUUUUUUUAUAAAUGCGAGCAAAAUAAAUACUUCUCUAUAUAAUCAUUUGUGACUAAAGUAGUGAUAAUUUUAGGUCAUCAACUUUUUCGAAUAUGCGCACAACCCCAAUUGCAAAUAAGUUUUUUCCACUAGUAGUCAUUUACUGUUUUAUACAAAUGUGUAUCUCAAGAAAGCAACAGCAAUAAAAUUGAAAGUUGUAUUUGAAGCCAUUUUUCUUAAAAACCAAAAAAGAGAGUUUUACUUACUUUGAUUUAUCUGUUUUUUCAACUGCCUGGCAAAGGUGAAUUUGCUAUUGUCGAAACUUCGCCAAGGAUGGAGUAAAUCUCAGAAAACUUCCUUGGUACAAACUGACAAUGCUCAAGUCAUCUGAACAAAAACACCAUUGCACUUACUUCUCGAAUGCGAAGCCACAUUGGGAAGAUGAAUUAAGCAUUUUGAUUUGACAGGGCCGGUGUAAAUAUGCCUUCAUUUAGCCCAGCACUGCACCAUCUUAGGUUGCAUUAAAAAACCGGUUUUAGAUGUGCGAGUAGUGCAUAAUAUACCUUAAGGACGAGGUGCACACCUCUAUUUUAUAUACCUGCAAAUCUGGCAGGCCAAGCUUUUCAGAGAACGAAAAUGCCUUUAUCGGCGGGAAAUGUUUAAUGAGAAUGCGGCAAUUCGAAUCAAGGAUUACAGAUUCUGUACAUCGUGACUAGGAUCAUAAUAUUAAGCAGUUGAUACUGGCCAGUAGAGUAAAAUGUCUUUAAACUGGUUUUAUAAAAUUAUUUAGAAAAAUAUUAUAUAUGCGGCCGCACAUUUUUGCACGAGUAGGCGCUGGAAAAUACCAACAAACUCCCAUCGUACUCGACGACAAGCAACCAAUACUGCUAUACGGCAGGGGUCAUGUUACAUGUUUUCUGUGACGAAUAAGCGUAGCUAACGACUCUAAUACGAUUGCCCAUCGAAACACAGGUGUGCACCAACGAAGCGCAUGCCUCUCUCUUUUCGCCGUGUGGGAAUGGUUUUGUGCUAAAUACAUUUAAAGUCCACUUUAAGAAGUGACAAUUGAAAUAUGAAAAUUUUUAAUUUAUACUAAUUUUUUUAUUUAUUAUUCGAUCCAUUUCUAAAACAAAUAUAAAUAUUUGUGAACUUUUGCCAAAAAAAAAACACGUAUGUUUUGCUCUUGGAUCAAUAAAUCGUGAUAAUUGAUUAGUAAUGUCUAACAUUUCUUUCAACUUUUAUUGGAAUGGAUUUAAAAGUCAAGAUAAUGAGUGUAUAAUAAUUAAUAAAUUAUAAUUUAAAUAUUAUAGAGAGCCAAGAAAUUUACUUUUUAAUGGGUAGACAUUUCUAAGUCGACUUUAGCUAUUUUGCCAAAAGUCCACACGCACGAGUAUGUAUUACAUAGACAGAGUGGGUUGCACAUCUAUCGUUAGGAAUUUAAUUUAAUUUGACUAUAAAUAAAAGACGCUUGAAUAUUUCGCAAUUAUUGUAAAUUUUUUUUUUUUUUUGAAUUAUUUUUUUAUUAUUUUUAUUACAAAGUAAACCUUUAACACAGAACUCAAUUUCAUUCAAAUGAUUUGUACGACCGGCUGCAUAGUAAUUCAUUCCCUCAGCCCAAUUUUUCAAAACAUUUUCGCGAAUUUCGGCGCUAUCUCACUUCUGCUUGAACCAACUCUGGCUUAUUUGUCUAAUGGAAGCAAAUUGCUGCCUCUAGGCGACCAAUUGGCAGCAUUCGACUGACUUUAUUCUAGCGAAAAGCGGCCCAUGGGCAAAAAAUCUCUUUUUAAAGUCAAAAAAUCAAAAAAUAAGGCGCACGACCCAAAAAUCAAAUUGACUGAAUUUCAUUUUUUGUUUGUUUUUUGUUGUAAGAAUAGCUUAAUAAAAACUAUGAAAACAUCACUAGAGCAUAUCUAUGUAUGUAUGUAUGUAUUUAUCAGCAACUUGUAUUAAAUUUCACAACCGUACAUACAUAUGUAUGUAUUGAAUUGUAUAUAAAGAAGUAAAUAAAUCUGCAGUAAUUGAAACUACUCAAUGUGAGGUUAUGUAAUAUUCAACAAAUUUCUUAGAGCGCCAUUAUGGUGCAUACAAAUAAUUGUUAUUAGAUUAUAUAUGUAUGUAUGUAUGUACAUAGCAAUGAUGAUAAGGACAUACGUAUAUACUGUACACAUACGUACAUAUAUAUGUAUGUAUAUAUGUGCAACUGUACUAUGUUUGCAAAAAUUAUUAUAGAAUUGAUACUUGUGAAAUAUACAGAAAUAUAUAACUGAAAGUACCUAAAACCUAGAGGAUACCUAAAAAACAACAAAAACAAAACAAAUACAAUAUGUAGCACUACUUAUACAUGCAUUUGCAUACAAAACAAUGUGAAUAUAAUAUACAAAUUAGGAAGUAAGAAUAAAUGAUUCUUAUAAAAGAGAAGAAAAAACAAAUACAUAUGUAUGUAUGUGUGUAGCAUUUUGACUAUAUUAUGUUAUUUACAUACCUAUAAUUAUAAAUAUAUUACACUCAUAUAAAUGCUUACAGGCAACUAAAGCAUAUGCAAACAUAUACAUGCAUACAUACAUACGAAUAAGGUUUUGUAGUGCAUUUUUUAAUGUUUUCUAGUGCAAUGUCAUUACUUGUUUGACUAAAUAUUUGUUAUAUCAUACAUAUAUACUUGCUAUAUACAUAUGUAUGUAUGUAUGUACACAGCACAGUGACAAACUCCAGUGAAAUGGGGAAGUUUAUGUUUAUUCUCCUUAUGCUGAACGUCGCUGUUGCAUUAUUGUAAUUAUGUAUAAUCACAUGUGCAUUAUUAUCAUAACUAAUUUUACUAAUAUAAUAUAUUUAUAUGUAUAUGCAUUAUUAAAAUUAUUGAAACUUAUCUUUUAUAAGUAAUUAUACAUACAUACAUACAUCAUUUACGUGCAUACGUAUACAUAUUUGUAAAUUGUAUUUCAAGUAUACAUAAAUACAUACAUAUAUUAAAAUUUUUUCAACUUUAUACAAAGUAUAAAUACUCAUAUAAGUACACACAUUUAGUUAAGAGCACAAUUCUUAUGUUUAUUUCCUAAUGGAAUUUAGUCCUAAUGGAACUUAAAGUAAGUUAAAAUUCUACUUACCUACAUAUAUAUGUACAUAUAUAAUUAUACAAGCACAUACAUAUGUGCAUAUAUACAUAUUAUAUGUAUUUGUGCGUGUAUAUGUGCAUUAACUCAUACGCAUGCAUAAACAUUUAAAGAUAAUUCAUAAAUUCAAAUAAAUUGCCUUAACAAUGUUGUACAAACACACUAAUACAUAUUAGUCAUAGUAAAUAGUGAGGUUAAUAAUAUAAAACAAUAAAAUCUUUCCUAAAAACAUUAAAACAAAUUAUUAGUUUCUCAAGUGUGUACGGUGUUGAAAUGGUCGUACUUUCAAAUUUAUUUUAUUUUUAUUGCUGUUUUUUAUAUUUAUAUUUUUGUUUUUUAUAUAACAUACAUGUAUUUUUUAUUUCUUUUCCCAAUGCAGUUAGGUGCAUAACUAAAUAAACUUUAGUCUCGCAACUUUUGUUCUUCAUCAUAACCUCCUCACUUUUAUAGUUAACAGAAGUACGAAACAAGAGCCCAAAGUAUUUUCUGCUUCAAAUCAAAUAUUAACAAUUAUUAAAUAAUUUUAAACAUUUUUUACAAUUUUUACAAUUUUUCAUUUCAUGCAAUUUAAAAAAAAAUGAUGACUAUAACCAAAAGCUAACUAUUAAAUGUUAAAACAAAAAACAAUAGAAAAUAAAAU